CUAUAAUGAGAACGAAACCCUAAAUCUGAAGAAGAAAAAGAGACCACUUCUCUCUCCUGAAGCUCUAAGCUAUCUUCAAAGCUGCCACCGGUCUAACGCUUCAAUUUUUCUCUUCAAAUCCAACGAUUAGGUAUCCAUUUAUGCAUCUAUUGAUGAUCUAUACAAAUUUAGUUUCUAUAAUUGUGUUCAACUUCCUUAUUAGGGAUCUGAAGAAAAUGGUACUAGAGUUCUUCGUUUUCAAGAGGCUUGGCGAUUUACUAAUUUUGGAAGGAAAGUUUUGUGUAGAGAUAAAUCAAGUUGUGCUCCAUAUGGAAACUGUUAUGAAAGUUGGAGUUGCAAAAAAUGAUAUUGCUGGAAGAAAUCGUGAUCUUGGCAUGGGAGGCAUAGGAAAAAUUAUAUCUUAGUUACUCUACUUACAAGGUGAGUCAUAUGUGAUAGGGGCAGAACUCGCAAACAUCAAAAUCUAGUAUCUCAAGCUCAUGAUGCUCCUGAAGGAGGACAUGUUGGAGGGGCCAGUGGGCCGCAGAAUCAGCUCACCAGUCUUAGGUGCUACAUGACCCUGUCACCGAUAGAAUAGUUGCAGCUAUUGCUUCCCUUGUACUCAAUAUCGAUAGAGAUAACUCUAUUGAGAGGGCGAUGAAACUCGGGGCAAAAUUUUUUAUGGGUAUGUCUAAUCCAGUUGAUGCUGAACUUUGGAUGAAGACUUUGGAAAGUAUAUUUGAUGUGAUAGAAUGCUCAGAGAAUAAAAAAUUACGCAUUGCUGUAUUUUUAUUGAAGGGAAAAGUUGCUGACUGGUGGAUUUCGUUUCAAAGUCGGUAUCCAGAUCCUAGUAUUAUGACCUGGACCAUUUUCAAGGAAGCUUUUUAUGAAACAUACUAUCCUCCAUUUUAUCUUGAUGCAAAACAAAAUGAAUUUUUAAGAUUGGUUCAGGGGUCUAUGUCGGUUGCUGAAUAUCAUGUAAAGUUUGUAGAACUGUCUAAGUAUGCAAGUGCUUUGGUUGCUGAGGAGAGAGAUAGGUGUAGACGGUUCGAGCAAGGGUUGAGAGUAGAGAUCUGGCCUAUGGUUAUUGCUCAUGGGCAUCAAAAUUUCGGUAUGUUGGUUGAGGCGACGUUGAGGGUUGAGACAUCUAUUCGAGAAGGAAGUAAUCAAGGAGCACAGGUGACCUUUUGAGGUGGUAGUAGUCAAAUAGGAACUUCAGGAAAAAGGUUCAAGAAGAAUAGAGAAGGAUUUUGAACAGGUGUUACUAAAUCUGGCAGUUUUAAACCUAGGUCCGCGAGUUCUAGGUCUAGUCAGGGAUCGAGACAAGGGAUCAAGACAUAGUCAGAAUUAUGUACAGCAAUCGGUGGGGAGCCAUUCUUAUGUUCUGGGUUCUACAUAGAGAGUUCAAGGAGCAAGGCAGAGUGAGGUUUCUUAUCACCGGGGCUUUCCACAGUGCCAAUCUUGUGGGAAGUUUCAUCCAGACGAGCGUCUUUAAGGAAUUGGAGUUUGUUACAAGUGUGGUCAGAUGGGACACGUAAGGAAAGAUUGUCCAAUCCGUUCUCAGCAGAUUGGAUCAUCUCAGAUAGUAUAUUCUCGGCCAGGGAUCGAUAUGGCCAGACAGAAUAGGGAUCAAAGAGCUACAUCAGAAGGGUCGACGAGGGUCACACAAUCUAAUGUUGCUAGGGAUAGUGCUUUUAGACAGGGAGCCCAGGCAGGUCGAUCCAAAACUUAAGGCAAAGUGCUUGCUAUGACCCAACAUGAGGUAAAGGAGUCACUAGUGGAUAUGCUAUCUAUUUUUGGUAGAAAUGCUCGUUCUUUAUUUGAUUCGGGUGCUACACAUUCCUUUAUUUCUCAUGCACUUGCUAGCUAUGCUGAUCAAAUGUCAGAGCCUUUAGAUAGUGAAUUGGUAGUAACGACUCCAGUAAGGGGCUCACUUUUAGCUAAUUUUAUAUAUAAAGAUUGUGGGAUUAGAGUGAACAAUCAUGAGUUGAAAGCAGAUCUAAUUCCACUUGACCUUCAUGAUUU